AGGAGGGAGGAGGGGAGGAGGCCGGGCCAUGUUUGGGAUGGAGGGAUGGAUGGAGGAGGUGGAGGGUUGAUAAACUCAGUCGCAGCAGUUCAGCUCUCACUUCUGUCCUGCCCCCCCUCACAUCCCAGCAGGCCCUGCACUGCCACGUGUGACUCGGUGUCGUAGUGUUGUUGCUCGCCCACAGCGCCCCCUGCAGUCAUGUGUGACGAUGAGGAGAGCACCGCGCUGGUCUGUGACAAUGGAUCCGGUCUGUGUAAGGCCGGGUUCGCCGGAGACGACGCCCCCAGAGCCGUCUUCCCCUCCAUCGUGGGCCGACCCAGGCACCAGGGAGUGAUGGUGGGUAUGGGGCAGAAGGACAGCUACGUUGGGGACGAGGCUCAGAGUAAAAGAGGAAUCCUGACCCUGAAAUAUCCCAUCGAACACGGAAUCAUCACCAACUGGGACGACAUGGAGAAGAUCUGGCAUCACUCGUUCUACAACGAGCUGAGAGUGGCUCCAGAGGAACAUCCCACCCUGCUGACUGAAGCUCCCCUCAACCCCAAAGCCAACAGGGAGAAGAUGACACAGAUCAUGUUCGAGACCUUCAACGUUCCUGCCAUGUACGUGGCCAUCCAGGCCGUCCUGUCUCUGUACGCCUCCGGCCGCACCACAGGUAUCGUCCUGGACUCUGGGGACGGCGUAACCCACAACGUGCCGAUCUACGAGGGUUACGCUCUGCCUCACGCCAUCAUGAGGUUGGACCUGGCUGGUCGUGACCUCACCGACUACCUCAUGAAGAUCCUGACCGAGCGAGGCUACAGCUUCGUCACCACGGCGGAGAGAGAGAUCGUGCGGGACAUCAAGGAGAAGCUGUGCUAUGUCGCUCUGGACUUUGAGAACGAGAUGGGGACGGCGGCCACCUCGUCCUCUCUGGAGAAGAGCUAUGAACUUCCUGAUGGACAGGUCAUCACCAUCGGCAACGAGAGGUUCCGCUGCCCCGAGACACUCUUCCAGCCCUCCUUCAUUGGUAUGGAGUCGGCAGGUAUCCACGAGACGACCUACAACAGCAUCAUGAAGUGUGACAUAGACAUCCGUAAGGACCUGUACGCCAACAACGUGCUGUCCGGAGGAACCACCAUGUACCCAGGUAUCGCAGACCGCAUGCAGAAAGAGAUUACGGCCCUGGCACCCAGCACCAUGAAGAUCAAGAUCAUCGCCCCCCCAGAGAGGAAGUACUCUGUGUGGAUCGGCGGCUCCAUCCUGGCCUCCCUCUCCACCUUCCAGCAGAUGUGGAUCAGCAAGCAGGAGUACGACGAAGCCGGACCCUCCAUCGUCCACCGCAAGUGUUUCUAGAAAGUUCCACCUGGGUCUCCAGCUUCCCCCCCCCCACACACACUCCUCGGUUUCCUUCCAGCACUGUCUUAUUUUAGCCUCACUGAGCACGAGCUAACAGAUCCCAGAUCAGCUCCACAGAGACAUCCACACGGGGACGACAGCGGCAGGACGCCAGUGAUGUUUUUUGGUAUUUAGGGAGAUGCUAAAAAUCUCUUCCUAGUUCAGUGUUUUAUGCAGACAGCUGGUAAAAAGGAAGUGAUGUCGUCUUCCUGAUGUUUUUGCUGAACUGAACUUUUAACCAUUCAGAACUUCCAUCAGAAAAUCUGCAGAUUUUCAGCUCAAACAUCCUCCCUCUCUGCUCACCUUAAAACUGUGAACGUGGCGCUUGUCCUCCAUCUUUAACCCCCCACCUCCCCCUCUCUCCAGCUGUGGCCCCGCCCCCUCCGUCCUCCAUGUUGGUACUGUCAGAAAGUGUGUUUUUAUUUUUGAUGAAUAAAGCUUGAAUGUUUCCCGCUGGUGUUAUCUUCCGUCGUUGGGGAGUAGAGCACAUUCACACAGUGUAUGAUGAUGUCACACAGUGUAUGAUGAUGUCACAGCUGUGAGGCGUGCCCUCAUGGUGCAUUAGAACCCUGCAACAAAGUGAAAGUGUGUGAUGUGAUUAACGUGGAAGUGACAGACGAUCGCCCCAGGACGACAAUAAAGAGCUCUCAUACAAGA